AUGGAUCCACUCACCAUCGUCACUGCUGCAGCAUCUCUGGCAGGCGUCGUUCUGAAAGCAUCUUUCAAGAUCAAAGAAACCGUUGACGCUUACGAAGAUGCACCGCAGAAUAUUUCCGACAUCGCCGAGGAGGUGCACGCGGUUCAGAUAGCCCUUCGACAGGUUGAGAGCGUCGUGCUCCAAGAUCCAGAGGCGAUUGAGCGGCUGGGACUGGAAGAUGUCUUCGCCAUCGCUGUCAACGGUUGUCAUGCAACGCUUUUGUCGAUAAGCAAAGAGUAUGAGGACCUUUUCCUUCGCAGCGACUGGAAAGCAAAGAUACAGGCUUUGUGGAAAGACGGAGAGAUGACUCGACUCCUUGGUCGACUGGAUCGGAAGAAGGCAACGUUAACUCUUCUGACGCAGACGUUAAACUUGUAA